UGUUGCAAUCUUCGGAUUUGGUCAUCACUACAUCUGCUGCACAUAGGACCCACUGAUCAAGUGAUUACAUUAUCGGUUAGCCCUAGCACUAGAUGUGUGGUCUAUAAUUCAAGAUGUAUCAUCUGGGCAUCAAGGACCUCCUUGAUCGAUUCAGCAAUGGUACCUUGACGUGUGAAGCUUACAUGAGAUGGGUCAUCCAACGGGCCGAGGACCUGAAAGUCUUCAAUUACUUUGUCUCCAUGAAUACGGAGAAGAUGCUGAAGGAUGCCCAAGAGGCAGAUGCCAGGUACGGGACUAAGACCAACCGGCCUCUAGAAGGGGUCCCAAUAGCCCUGAAGGAUAACAUUGAUGUCGAAGGGGAGGUGACUGGAGCUGGCACUCCGGGUCUCGCUGGCCUGAAGGCAAAACACACAGCCGAGGUAGCCAAAAGGCUCUUUGAAGCUGGGGCCAUCCACGCUGGCCGCACUGUCAUGCACGAGUUGGCCUACGGGGUGUCCACCACCAACCCCUACACAGGUGACAGCCACAACUUUCACAACUUUGACUACACCUGCGGGGGAAGUAGCGGGGGAAGCGCUGGUGCGAUUGCCGCCGAUAUUGUCCCGGCUGCCUUGGGUACCGAUACCGGCGGAUCGAUUCGCAUUCCUGCUUCUUACAGCGGGGUAUACGGACUUCGACCCACCUCCAAACGUUGGCCCUCGGACUACGGUCUGAAGGCGUCGCACCUGAGGGACUCGGUGGGUCCUCUGGUACGAAGUCCGGAGGACUUGGCCAUCCUGGAUCAGGUGAUGACAGGAGAGGAAGCUUUCCGAGAGCUAUCGCCAGCAGAGAUCCGCAUCGGGGUCCCCAGGUCGCACUUCUGGGAGGGUCUGGAUCCUGAGGUGAAGGAGUAUUCUGAGCGCUUCGUGAUGGCUCUCAAGCGGAAAGGCUUCAUAGUCAUCGACGAGGGAGGGAUUCCCGGUCUUUCCGAAAUCUGCCGUGAUUACUUCCUCCCAUCCAUCAACUGCGAGGUGGUUGCACGAUUCCAAGAAUACAUCCUGCACCACGGUCACGAUGUGACGGUGGAAGACGUGGCUGAAAAGAUCGCCACCCCAGUCGUCAAGGCAGCUUUUGCCGACUCCAUGAAGAACCCGCCCAGUGAGGACGUCGUGCAGUUGGCCACGGCGGCCAGGGACAAACUCGUCCAGGACGUGCGGAGGUACUUCAAGGACCAUCGUCUGGAGUGCAUCCUGAUGCCAGCCAGCAAGAUCCCCGCGCCCACCCUUGCCGCCUUCUGGUCGGACAAAGCCGGGGAACUCAUGGUCAUUGUGGAGAAUCACGACUGUGCCAAUAUGUGCGACAACCCUUCCUUGGUCAUCCCGGGGGGCUUCUCACGAGAAGGCGGAGUUCCUUUUGGCAUGCAGAUUGAAGGUCUCACUGGAAGUGAUAGCCAGCUUAUUGCAGUGGCAAAAGCAAUUGAAAAAGCCUUGCAUUAAACACCCUACGUACCGAUGACGUCACACUUUGUUCAUGUGCGUAAUCUCCUUUAUUACAUUCUUUGUAGGAAGUAGCGCUUUAUUUCUUGCCGCAUUUUGAAGUGAAAAAUUGAAAAAGGAUCAUCCCUCGUAGCUGUUUGUGUUCCUGAAAUACCGCUAGGAAUGUUCAUGUCACACCAUCGUCCAAAUUGUUAUUUAUUUCAUCCGUGUAAAAGUACCCCUCUGGCAAGUUUAAGAAGACAGCACAUGGGCCAACACUAGGCCGAUAUUGUUGCCCAUAAAACCUCAUUUUCUCAAGUACAUGUAGCGACUGAAUUAGGGGGAAUUGUGGAAAAGUUGUUUGUUUCGCAAAUUAGGGAUGCAAUGAUCUCAGGUUUCUCUGUAACACUUGGUUUUUAUCCAGUACUUCACAUUUGCAUUGGGAUGUUUUUACACCUUGCAUUUUGCAACUGAUGUAGUUUGAUUUAUAUUAUGUAGCCCACAGAUUCUGUAUCUUGACUGGACAGAACCUGUCACGUGGUAUUCGUUCUAUUGCUAUCUUGCUUUUCAUAGGUGAAGGAACUAUACCCGCAGUUACCAAAGUGCUAAGCCCCUAGCAACCACAGGACUGUACAUGUACGUAUAAUCACUGGCUUUUUGUGGAAAUGCAUAGGCCUACUGAUGUGCAUGCGCGUUGCACAUUACGCACAUUUGGAAGUGCUAGCAUUCACAGAGCUUAGUUUCUCCUUCAGUGAUCCAUAGAGCAUCACGUCAAGAGGCUUACUUCACUGCUCAAAGCAGUUCAUACUUGGACAGCAUACAUGUACAUGUACCUCUGUAUGCAGAAAUAUUUUUUAAUACAAUCAACAUUGAAAUUAAUGAAUUUUCAAUAUGAAAACAACUCUGGUACACCUAACAAACAACUGUUCUAGAAAAUGCAUGUAUUUUAGUGCAUUAGAUGUACCGAUAAGCAUUAGGUGCUUAUCAGUAGUUUAUGGAUGUACUAUUUGGUAUUUUAUUGAAGAUAAAUUCAUGUAUACAAGUAUAUUUUCACUGAUCUUAAUAUGUAAAUUUCGGCAGUUUAUUUAAAUUAGUACAUACCUUUCACGAUACGGGCGAUUCACAAUGGCAUGCCUCAAAGAGUUUGCAACCAGUUGGCCAAUCACAAUGUGCAAAAUCU